CUACAAAGUGAAAGAACGUCAGCGAAUCAAAUUUCAGAUACUUUAGCCACGCUUUGUUAAAAGCCAAUAGAAAUAUCCCGCGGUGAAUAGGAAACGCCCAUCAAUAGCAUUUUGAUUGAUUUCCGGUGUCUGAGAGAUUACUUAGCUAGCCAGCUACCCAAACAAUUGCGGUGGACCUUUUUUUGUUUUGACCAAGUGUGAUUGUAACAACGUCGUUAAAACGCACAGUUUGAAAUUGUUCACAUAAAUGGGCGAUUUUUGAACUGGUACUUGUCUGCAUUUUCGGAAUUCCCCUCCAGGGAAGGUAAGCUGGCAACUGGAUAGUAUCUUGCAGCUAAUGUUAGCUAGCUAGUUAGCUUACAAGUUAGCAGAACUGGUUGGUUUGAUACAUUUGUGUUGUCAGUAAUAUUGUCAUUAGUUUAUCGAGUCGUAAAGUGUAACUUUCAUUAUGGGUAAUAUGCAAUGCUAGAUUACAUCGCCUAUCACUAUGUGUGCUGGAUUUGUUAUUGCAAACCUGGCGUCCAGAUGCAUUAGUUAUAGCUAACAAACUCCUGACUGUCUGAACGUAUCUUGGUAACAGUCUACAGUAACUAGCUAGCUAUAUAUAGCUAACUAUGAGUUGAAAGUCAUUUAGCAGAAUUGGUUGUUGUUAGUAUAGAAACACGUGAACCAACACGAAUGCAAUGUCAACCUUGCUAGUUUUCAAGCUAGUUGGCAUAGUAGUUUGCUAUGUAGAGAUCUUAGCCAGCAAACGUUAGUUAAUUAAGCUGUCAACAACUGCUGUAGCCAAAUGCCCUUUGGUAAUAUACGAAUAAAAUAAUGAAUCUAGCUAGGGUAACACUCAACCUCCAUGUAUAACAACCAUUAUCACCAGUUCAAGUUUGUAAUGUCAGGAUUAUUUCCUGGUGGGUUUAAAGUGCUUGGCCUGGCAGACUGUAAAUUAGGCCUGUUUGACAUCACCAUGACAUGAAUGAGGCACAUCUCUCUGAGCAGCAGCAGCAGCAGCAGCAUGGUCAGCAGAUCAGAGAGCCAGCAGCUGUCAUUGAGGUCAGGUUGCCCCAUUGUGUGUGUGUGUGUGCGCACGCUGAACAGAGGGCCUCAUCAGCCAUUUGUUGUCAAUUUUAUCCCCAGUGACGCCAGCGGAUGGCACAGGCAACACUUGUCGUGGGACCGAUAUAGACGGACAAGUUGAACCUCCAUGAGUAAUGAACCUGAACCCAUUCUGGAGCAUGUCUACCAAUACUGGUCGUAAGGUAAGGGAGCGCUCUUCCUCUUCUGCACCGAAAGCCAAGUUCUCUCAAGUUCACCCAACACACAACCGAGAAGGGAGACAAAAAAACAGGAUCUUCAAAAGUUCCCAAAGAGACCCCCACACACUGAAAGUAAGCCUAGUGUGGUCUAAAUGUCUCCCUAACAUUUUCCUGCGAAGAUGGCAUGACUUCCUUGAAGCUUUGUCAUUUUACUCCUGUUACCACCUGUCUUUAGUUUGAGAGAAAUCUUGGAGGACCGGAAUUGUGGCAUUGGAAUGUCUAACUUGGGGUGUGUGGUGUCCUCUAACACAUUAGGUCUACUCAUGUCUUUUCGAUAACUCUUUGCCGGUGACACGUCUUUUCAAUCAAUUCCUGAAAGAGGGCUGUUUCAGUGUCGCCUUUUACUGCCUGGUGCUCUGUAGGGCUGUGACGAUACCAGCAUUGCAAAAUGAAAACACGAAGCUAACACUUUGGUCCUUAAAUAACCUGCUGUAUGUAAAAUAUUGUGUGCUAUAGCUUGGGGAAAAUUAUUUGACUAGAUGACAACAUAAUGAUUGUUUCCAACAUUAUGGCUGUUUUCCUAAAGAAGUUAAAUCCGCUUCGUGUUUUGUUUCCUUGCCACUAUACUAAUGAGUAUCGCGAUACUGGUAUCGUUCCACACCUAGUGCUCUGGAAGUUGCAGCUAUAGUCAGACAUGUGACUUGUCACAACACAUGCAUGGUUGUUGCAGGAGGAGCCUGUUGCUCCUGGGAAAUCCACUUGAAUGUAGGUGUUAAACUGUAGUUUGAUGAGAGCAAUGGUGAACUUCUCAAAUGUGCAGUGCAUUUGUUUUAGAUUUGCUAAUUGCUAGGAUCUGGUUGGUUGAAAAGCUCUUGUGCUGUGCAUCUGCUGUUUGUUAUUGCCAUUCAGUCUGUUACCUACCUCAACGACUACUGCGAGAAAGGGAGGCACCGACUUCCAGUUUAGCAUUCAGGCGUCACAUUGGAAAAGUAGCUCUGCCCAUAGUAAAUAGGUGUGAAUACUCUCUGCCUUGUCAGAUGACCGGUUCACUCAUUGCUCUGUGCCUCCUAAAAACAUUAAUAAUUCUACAAUGUGUUUUGCUUUAUCGCACUCGCUGUGCGCUACCUGAAUUCUUUCCAUAGUUGCGUUAGUCGCAGAGGGACAGGCCUUGAGGGUUUGUUGCUGAUGCGUUCCUUAACUUACUGGCAUCCCUCCUGCUGUGAACUAGCCCAUUCUCCUCCCCUGUGCUUCCCACAAAGCUGUCAUUGGCAGGAUAUGAUGCGGCCUGUAUUUAGGGAUGCUCUCUGGGUGCUCUCUCGCCUCCCGUGGAAUGAGGAAACUGAUGCCAGACGAGACGAUCUCUGAAACCUGAGGUCGUCACCUUAUGCCUAUCGCCCAGGGCUCUACGUGCUCCCACUGCUGUCUGUGUUGCCUUGUAGUUCGACAACAGAGGUAGCCUCUGUCUAGGCACAUAGAUGUAACUAACAUAGACUUGCUUGAAAUUGCAUUGUCUGCAUUGUCUACCUGUGUCUUGUGAUUCCACAACAUAUGGUGAAUAGAUGUUUGACUCAGUGUUUUUAAUCUAGGCAUACUCCCCCCCCCCCCCCCCCCCCCCCCCCUUGGAAUAAUCAAUGCUACCAGUUUGUACUUCCUAGACAUGAGUUGUUAAAUUCCUUUUGUUCACUCUCUUCUGGUGAGCAGAGAUCUGACGGUGAGGAACAGAGUGGACAGCAGAGUGGAGAGCAGCAGCAAAGAGCCAGUCCAGCCCGGCCUAGCUUUGGGAAGAAGCAGCUUCCCUCCAUCCCUAAGAAUGCAGUCCCCAUCACCAAGCCUGCCUCUCCUGCCGCCACGGCCCAGUUGGCCAAUGGCACACACGCCUCCUACGGUCCAUUCUACCUGGAGUACUCACUGCUGGCUGAGUUGUAAGUACUGGCCACAGAUCAGACUUUAUUUUGGGUAGUGGAUGUAUUACAUACACUGGCUCUGUCUGAAUACCUUUAAAAUGCACCCUCCCUCCUUUUAUAGAGGUAAUCACUUAUCUGUAUGCGACUGGAUAAGUAAAGGUAAGAUUUGUUUUAAUCAAUCCAAACAUGUCAGAUCAUUGAUCAGCCUACCUGGAAGGAAGCAAGAAGGCUGCAUCUUCAAUGUAUUUGAACAGAGGCCACUAUGUUAUGUAGUCCAUUUAGAGAAGCUGUUGACUAAAACACACUGUUAAUUUCCAUAUCAAUUUUCUGCUGCAUUGAUUUAAUUCCAUGUUACUCUUUGUGACCCACAGCACGCUAGUGAUCAAGCAAAAACUGCCUGGAAUCUAUGUGCAGCCAUCCUACAAAUCAGCAUUGAGUAAGAGCCUAAUCUGUUCUCCUGUUUGUCUACAUAAUCUAUACAUAACCUAUACAAAAUGAAAACAAAGGGAUCCUGAGAUGUAAUCUUUUUUUCCAGUGUGGUUCGGGGUCAUUUUCAUAAGACAUGGCUUGUACCAGGAUGGAGUCUUCAAGUUCACUGUGUAUAUUCCAGAUAACUAUCCUGAUGGUGAAUGUCCUGUGAGUACUUUAGUGGACCUGCUGUAACACUACGACACAGCUGUUUACACAAAAUAAAGCCAUUUAUUUGGUACAUUACAAAACUUAAUUUGUUCAGCAUCUCCUGCUUUUGUGCCAAAGGCUGAGACUGAUUGGUUUAGUGACUAUCAUAUGGUGGUACAUUGAAAUGCUGUGUUUAGGUAUUUAUGCAGUAUUCUAACCAGUACUAUGUUCUCUCCUGUACCACCAUUUAGAGAGUGGUGUUUGAUAUCCCAGUCUUCCACCCGCUAGUGGACCCUGUUUCAGGAGAGCUUGAUGUCAGGCGAGCCUUCACCAAGUGGAGGUCAGUACAUGGCUUCUAUGCCUAGAUCAUUCAAUCCAAAUGAAUGAGGAAGAUUUGGAAGUGGUGUUUGUCAGGUACAUGUGGCUUGAUAUUUUUCCAUUAGUGUAAUGUCUGCUCCGCCAUGUACUAGCCACUACCACACAACCUACACAUCCCCAUGAUGGGCUAAAUGCAGUUACUACCUUUUGAUCUAUGAUAAUGUUACAGUAUCAUGUUGUGAUUCAUAUCUGUUCACUCAGGAUGUUGUAGUGUGAAGUCCUGGUGGUAAAUAGUGAUUCAGUGCUGUCCCUGAGAGGUGUACUGUGUGGGGCUCUCUGUAGUGUGCCUUAGUUAUAACUGGCAUGCGUCACAUGAAGGCCCAGUGUUUACUGUGACUGCUGUUCCAGCUCUGUUCCUCGUGGCCUGUUUGUUCAGCUGGACAGUGACACAGCCUUGAGCGGUUUACUCUUCUCUUAAACCUCAGUCUCUAUCAGCUGGAGGUGGAUUUAUAGGGCCUCCGCUCAGCACUGUACCUUUUAAUGAAUGGGGAUAGUUGUCCAUGACAUUCUCACUGGAAACCUGUCUGUCAUUAUGGUGUAUAUGGCUCACUGGUUGUGCAUUACUGGUGUUUGAACAGUGUUACUGUUGGGCAUUUCACUAGUCUGAGAUGAACCUAUGCCCCAUGGAUUGCCUUUGUGAUAUUUCUGGAUUUACUGUAACUGUAGUUGUAUUUGGUUUGCCAUUAUGUUGAGAGAAUCAUAAUGUCUCCCCUCUCCCUGUGGACAUGAAGGCGUAAUCACAACCACAUAUGGCAGGUCUUGAUGUACGCACGCACAGUGUUCUACAAGAUCAACACCAUGGAACCACUCAACCCAGAAGCUGCUGUUCUGUAAGUCUCAACCUAGUUCCCUUUCUCCUCACACCCUUCUUCCUUCUCUUCCUCCUGUACAGGGUCACGCGUACGCAUGUGGUCUGGGUCAGUUUAUAUAGGUGAACAAGCGUGCUCCUAUUGUGUACCGUAAAACUUCAAUUAAUAGCGCAGACGUUUAUUUGCUUCAAUCACUGAACAUAACUGGUACUUAUUCGAGACGGGCUUCUAUUUGAGCCAGGUGUGUAUUUCCUUAAUGCACACAGCUUAUGCUCAAUAAAAUGUUGAAAAGACUACCACACUGUUAAUUGUGACCAGUAUAAACACAACAAAUCCAUCGCAGAUCAGACUUGCAAAGACCAGGCUGUCGAUCAUACACCACUGAUUUUGCGCUUCGGCACCAUGGAGCGCUUGAAUUUGACGUUUUAUGUUUGGUGGUGCCAUGGCGAGCAAUGUUUUUAAUGCACAACUGUGGGAAUAUCAGUUGUGUCCAUGGUAACCUCGUAAAGAAUUCAUUUAGACCCAUGUUAAUUUGCUGAAAUGUGUGGCGAUGCCCGGCUAUUAAAAGGGACAGGCGGCUAUUUGAGACUCUCUGUUUAAUUGAAGUGUUACGGUAUUCUGUUAUAAGUCAGUUUCAUUUUAAUUCCCUGAGUUUAUGACUUAGAUUGUGGCCAGGUGGGGGUAAUUAUCACUCCACACUGUAGUGACUGGCAAAUUGCUUGUAUAAUCACACUGUUUAAGGUACGACAAGGAUGUUCAGUUGUUCAAAAGCAAGGUGGUAGAAAGCGUCAAACUAUGCAACAGUCACCUCUUCGACCAGCCCAAGAUGGACGAUCCUUAUGCAAUAAGGUUGGUAGUAGGAAAUGCUCCUCAUUCCUGGAAUUCCAUUUAUCAUUCUCAUAGCUCACGAACAGUCUGUACAUUGUCUUUUUAAAAAUUGAUGUCAAUAAGAAACCUUAUGCAGCAUAUGAAAGGAGAUGCAAUAAAUGGUUGUUGUGAACUUGGUUUCUCUUGUGUUUUUUUUUUGCUGCUUUUUCCAGUUUCUCUUCAUGGAACCCAGCGGUCCACGAUGAGGCGAAGGAACGGAUGUUCACACAUAAAGUUAGUUUUUCCUAAACCCCAGAAGUGUGCUUUUCAGAGUUAUGUAAAAGGACACAAAGCUCUGAGUUGGGUUCCUGCUGAGCUCACUCUCCCAAAAGGGGCUUGUUUUACCUGAAUGAGAGCCAGCAGGGCUAUGAUUGGUCAAGCUGUCUGAGCUGGCAUUUGUUUCCAUGGUGCUAGCUGACCAGUGUGGUAAUGUGUCUCUUUUAUUCUAGAGACGGCCUGAGGAUCACCACAAGGGCCUGCAGGUGUCAGGACUGUCUUGGGUGAAGCCCGGAUCCACACAGCCCUUCAGCAAAGACGACAACCCCCCCCUGAGCUGAGCUGAACCUGUAGCCUGCAGUCCUGGUCAGCAGCCACUAGAGAAAGAUGCAGAGCAGAAUGCCACGCCACAGACUAGCUUCAGCAGCCGUUCAGUCGUGUGAAUAGGAACUGACCCAGUUGAAUGGACUUCAUUUUACGUUGCAACACUUGCGCUCAGCUUUAAACGCAUUAUAGGCAUCUUGUGCUCAAACAGCUAUAGAACUAAAAAUGUGUAUCUUAUGUAAGUAAAUCAACAAUGACAACUGGUUGUCUUAGUAACACAGGCUUCAAUGCAAUCAGAGCUUUUUCCCUUUAUUUUCUCUGCUCUUUGCACAUGCUUGGGUUUGGUCUAGACAGAUAACCACUCAAAGCUGGUUGAAAGGCGAGAAUAAAAAUCUGCAUUAAUUAUAGGUAUACUGUAUGGGUGGGCUAUGGAUUCAUGACUGCUUGUUAAGGUGGGCUCAGGACAGUUAUUGUUAAUUAUUGGGACUUGGAAUGUUUUGAAUGACUUCAGACUGAGGAUGGACUCGAACCUUGAGUAUUCUUUUAUGUGAUUUUUUUCUAAACCUGUUUUACUGUCAAAUUAGAGCAACACUACACUUUGGGUGGGGUGGGGGCAAUUUACAAUCUUUUGGAUUGCAGUUUAGUAUCUUUAUUAUUUCUCUUUACUGUGUAAACUAUAGAGGUCAGAUGGGUAAUAUAUAUUGCAGGCAAGUAUGGUUUUAAUGAAUAUGGUAAGUUCAAUAAUCACUUCUGUAUCUUUACAUUGCUUUUAAUUUCCUUUUGAAUGUUCUAUUUACUCUUAAUGAGCUGAUUAAAGGUUUGAUGUGUAAAUAUAAAAAAUGGCUGCUGUGGGAAUGGCUGCCCUCAACAGACAUUGUUGGGUACUUGGCACUAUUUAUAUUGCUGUGAAAUGAAGUAAACACAUGCUGGGGUCUGGACUGUCGAAUUUGGCGAAACAAUGUGUGUGUGUUUCUCAUUUUACCUUUCCUAUGUGGAACCAAAACCUCAGUCAUCAGUUUGUGCUGUAAAGGCAAUGAGUUUUGAAAGCUUUUCUUUGAAAGGAAGUAAACUAAACCAUGCAUACCAA